AUGGCAGACAAACCAAUCCUCAUUCUGGGCUCGACCGGGCCCUCCGGCAUCUGCCUUCUCCGCGAGCUUCUUCAUCGCAAGAAGCGAGUUAUCGCCUUUGUGCGCCCAACCUCCGCUUCCAAAAUCCCAGCCGAUCUCGUGUCUUCCAACCCCGACAAUCUUCAGGUGGUGCAUGGCCAGAUCGACGAUGACGCAGCCCUCGGUGAAGCCGUUGCUCAGUGCAGCGCAAUCAUAUCCCUCAUGGGCCCAAUCCAGGAGUCCAUGUCGUCUCGUACACCACUUCCAUAUCCGGCAUUCUAUGAAAACCACGUGCUGCCCGUGAUGAAGAAGCACGGGAUCAAGCGCAUUGCUGCAAUGGGCACGAUCUCCAUCUAUACAGAGGACGACACUGCCGUCUUUUCGAGGUGGAUUCUGCGAACAGGCGUGAGCUGGAUGUUCCCAGCCGGAUAUAAUGCCAUGCUUGGGAUUGCCAAUGUUUUCAAGGAGGAAGCAGACAUCUACUGGACCAUCUUUAGGUUGCCCAUACUCCUGGGAGGAAGCGAUGAGACGGCUUGGAGGGCGGACCGUGAAAAGGGUGAGGCUCAAGCUGGCCCGGUGAGCAACGCCUGGACGGGAAAGUUGAACAGAUCAAUUCUGGCCAAGUGGCUCGCCGACUGGGCUGAGAAUGAGGGAAAAUGGGCACGAGAACUGCCUGCUUUGAGUAGCUGA